UUCAAGGAUUGUUCAAAAUCUGUUUACAUUUCCUAGGCAUUUGUAUGUAAUCACUCGAAUUUCGAUUUUGUAAUUGCAUGGAACUGAAAAACAUAUGGUCGCUUUACAUAACAUGAUGCUUAAAUAAAUAAGAAAUAGACAAGCAAUCAUGGAAUAAAUGGUUCGAUAGGGGAAUGGAAAUCUUGAUUAGAGUGUAACAUUAACAAGAGGAAUUUCUCAUAUAAAUAGUGAAAUUUGUUUUGAAAUAAUAUCUGUUAGUUCAGUUCACUGGAUUAAUGAAUCAACGUGCUGUGACGCAUCUACAAAUUGAACAGAACAAAUCAUAUUGUGAUAAUUCGUGUCUGAACAUGGAAGAAGAAGAAUUUCCCAGUUUUAUAUCGAAGAAUAGUCAAAUAUCGAAUGACUUGGAUAACAAAACUGAUAUAAAUUCGGACAACAAUGAGGAGGCAGUAAUUCUCUUACCCACGGCAGUUAACCUAACCAAGAAAAAACAAGGUGGUGAUACAAAUGUAGUGCCUUGUUCUUACGUUAAUGCAGAAGACCUAUCAAGUUUACCCACAGGAGUGUCAUCUGAUCUGGAAGAUAGUGGUGAACAAAAUAUACCAUAUAUAUGUCAAGAUUUGAAUUCGGAUAUCUUAGUUAAGGAUGGGAGUGUUAAUGAGGUGUCAAGAUCUGCUGAUAACGAACCCAGCAGAACAACUGAAAUAAACGAUAAUGAAAGAAAUGAUGGUAAUGCUGCAAAUGAAUCCGCUGAGUCAGAUCUAAGACAGCAUACUCAAGAAAACAACAAGUUGUGUUACCAAAAUGGUGUUAUUGACAUUCAUGACGAAGAGCCACCCCGGCGUCUUUCUUGCGACCAUGCAGAAGAAUCUGAAAACGAUCCUGAAAAGGUGACAAAAUUGAUAGAUGAUCGUUUGAGUCCGGAUCCACCUACACCUACUCGUAAACCGAGCGCAAUCAAAGGAUCACGGAACUCAACAGCAGCAGAGAAAACGAGAGAGAAACGAUAUGUUAGUUUUAGUGACAGUUACGAGGAAGGAGAUGCAAAUGAAAGAAAUAUAAGGGAUAGGGAACGAUCUCCAAGUGUUGACAUUGACCAAGAAACUGAGUGCCCUGAGCUUCCAAUGGAAGAGCUUGAUACGCCUCAAGAAACAGAUGACUUGGUAAUGAAUGAUGCCAAGGAUUCUACGAAAAGAAGAGGAAGUAAAUCUAGUAAAAGAAAACGGCGAUCGGAAGAAACCAAUGGGAGAAGAAAAGAAUCGUUUGAACAAAGGCUUAGAAGGACAUUCACAAUUAAAGAUCGACAUACUAGUGAAGUAACAAGAAGAAUUAUUGCCAUACUCAUCAAAUAUUCCUUGUUUGUAUUCAACUUCAUAUCUUGGGUAAUUGCAGUAGCGGCGAUCGGCCUCGGUAUUUGGAUGCGGAAUGAUAGCACGUUCUUUGUUACGUCAGACACAGAAUUCUACCUUGAUCUACCGUUGAUGACGUGCAUAGGGGGUGGGGUUACAUUUGUCGUAUCAUUCCUUGGAUGCAUCGGGGCUCUCAGAGAAAACCUUAUUCUGCUUCGAGUUUUUUUCUACGUCCUGAGUGUGAUACUGCUGGGCGAGGUGGCCCUAGCGAUAGCCGUGUUUGUGAUUUACACGGUACCUGAGGCCCGGGAUAACUUCCUUAGUUCGCAGCCGGAAAAGAUCCUCUCCACAGCCAUACAACGCUACAUGGAUAAUGAUGAUGUGAAAGAAUGGGUCGAUAAAAUACAGUCGGAGUUCAAGUGUUGCGGAGUCAGCCAUACGGACGAGGGAUUUAGGGACUGGAGGAACAACAUUUACUUUAACUGCUCCUUACAUAAUAGAAGCAUCUACCGCUGUGCCGUUCCAACGUCAUGCUGUAUUUUUGAAAAGGGAGACAGAGUGAACAUCAUGUGUGGCUUUGAAAUGACAGAUAAACCGCUCAUUGAUGUUCGGGACUUCAUCUACACCAGGGGUUGUAUUGUCGGGUUUGGUGAAUGGCUCGGAAAAUACCAUUCGCUUAUCAUCAUAUCUUCAUUGUCCAUUAUUAUCAUGCAGCUACUGGCGGUGAUCUCGGCCAAGAUGAUGGUAGUCCGGAUCACAAAACAGCGGUGCCGAUGGCAAGUCCUGCAGAGGAGUUUUAGCUCUGCAAGUUCCUCUGGAUUCGUCUCACAGACCUUGUGAUAUCAGAACGAUGUAAGAGCAGUUUGUCCGGACAAGCUUCACAUACCUUGUGAUAUCAGAACGAAUUAAGAGCAGUUUAUUAGGGCUAGCUUCACAUACCUUGUGAUAUCAGAACGAAUUAAGAGCAGUUUAUUAGGGCUAGCUUCACAUACCUUGUGAUAUCAGAACGAAUUAAGAACAGUUAUUUUCGGAUAAGCUUCACAGACGUUUUGAUAUAAGACCGGAUAGAGUAAAUGUUACUGCAACCCGAAUUAAUGAAAGUACCCACAACGAGCGCAUAAUAGCAGUUAUAUUACGUUAAAAUAUGCUAAGGAUUUAUAUCUUAAAUUGCUACUAAUAUUUCUUAAUGUUGGUCCUUAUUGUCUUCAUUUUCAAAAGAUUGAUAAUACUGAUAUCACGCUGAUUUGUCCAUUUUAACAAUGAAUGUUACAGAAUUACAAGAGCUGUACAGAAGUUUACUAAAUGACUUUAUCACUUGAUAUUUCCAAGUGCUAUCACUCAAGUAUGACUUUCUAAGAAAGUGAAAUUUUUAUAUAUUUAAUUUAUUGUCAAGCUCAUAUUCUGUUCAUUUACAAAAUACAAGCAUUCGUUGACUUACGAUAACAUAAAUUCAUUUUUGUUCUCGUUUAUAUGUUGUCCCAGUAAAUUUUGAUAUUUAACUUGACGUAUUUUAGGACGUCUUUGCUCGUUAUAACAUUUAGACAAAAGAGUUGAGUUUAACAAUUAUUGUCUUAUAACAUUUAAUGACGUAUAAAUGGUCAAUCAAUGAUGCCUAAAGUAGCUAGAUAUAUUAAAACAAAAAAUAAUUACAAGUGAUUAAUCAGCGAUCCCUAGCAAAACUUGAUUAAUACAAGUCAUACAAAUACCAUGCAAAAAGUGGGUGUAGUAAUUUAUCUUCACACUACUGAAAAUAUCCGUUCAAUAAGAAUCGUGCACUCAAAGCCCGUUCGACUGAUAACCGUACUGGUACGAGAAUAACUGGAUAAACCAAAGCCAAAAACAUACCUUCAAAUAUAUUGCAAGUACGCUAUUCAUUGCAACGUUGUGAUAUCGAUCAGUGUUAUGGUCGGAAUAAGCUUGGAGCCUAUUCGCUAUUCGCAUUCGCUCUCAGAACAAAUUCGCGUGUAUAAUUAAAAGAUCUAUUCCAACAGAUGUCAUGUUACCAUUCAAAUGUUUAUAACAAUGUAAAGUUGUGUGAUAGGAUUACAAAAUUCUUGUUUAUAAAGAAACUGCGGUAGCUUUAAGUGGAUUUGUAUAUGAAAUAACACAACGUUUUGGAAGCAUUACAACAAUGCAUUUGUCUAGGUAUGUCCUUAUGCCAUCGUCAAAUUACGUGUGUUCUGAAUCCCUUACCUCCGCGAUGGGAUAUGUUAUAAAAUUUCGACAAAUAGGAAGAGGUCACUGCGUUCGGGUUUAUAGAUUUUGGCUUCAGUGUAUAAACUCAUUAUUUUACAGCAUUUCUGACAUGGUGUGACCGGUUGUGUUCUUGGUAGUGUUCAUUACCGGCUAGUGUUUUGUUUCGCCUGCCUGAAUGUUGAAUGCAGUGACAUUUAAGUCAUCGGUAUUUUUUCGAGAGCAAAAGAUGUUUUUUUUGUAAGUAAAGCUCUGAGCUUAUGUAUACACAUAUACACGGAAAGAAAUUUAUCUCUCGACUGGUGAAAAUGUGUGCAUGAAUUAUGUGAUGUUUACGUUAAUGGUCGUUCACUUGCAGUUAUAAUGUAUGGACACUGUAUGUUUGUAUUGAUGUUGUUGUGGACUAAUUAUUUUUAUCAAUAAAAAGACAUAAUCAUAUACACUAACGUUACAUUUUAACUGUAUACUAAGUUUGUAUUUGUUUAAAUGGAAUAUCUGUGUAUCUAUUUGGAUAACCAAACAUAAAAUAUGUCAAUGAAAUUAAUAUGUCGCUAAUGUAUUGAGGAUCUUUCCUCCGUGCCUUCCACUUGUUGUGUGUAUUGUCUUUCUUGAUGAAUGGUAUUGCCACUAUUUGGUUAUGCAAAUCAUAAAAAAUAAAGUUUAAUGUAUGUA